AUGACACUCCUCAACCAUUUCCUCCACAUCACCAACUUCCACUCCCCCCUCCUGCGAUCCAUCGUGCCUUGCUUCGCCACCGCCUUUGCCAUCCAAAGCGCCGUCGCGAUCCCCUCCAUCCUCGCUGGUUCGGAGCGCUUCUACGAUUUGUCGGGCUCAGUGACCUUCCUGGCUGUCGGAGCGCUAAGCUUAUAUCUCCCCGCGCUGCGAGCUCGCGCGGCUGCUUAUGCCGCCAAUGCCACAAAUGUUCCUCGGUUGCCGAGCCUGAUUGAGCUCCUGAAGGGGGGUGCGGGUGCGGGCGCGGGCUCAAGUGCGGGUGUCGCGGUACUGUUGAACUGGAGACAGCUCGUCUUGACGGGAAUGACUGCGGUGUGGGCAAUUCGACUUGGCUCGUACCUAUUUCACCGCAUCCUUACCUCCGGCCAUGAUUCUCGAUUCGAUUCCAUCCGCCACAAUGCCGCCAAAUUCUCUGGGGCCUUUUUCUUCCAGGCCCUCUGGGUAUCGUUCCAGCUUAUGCCUGUGAUUAUGCUCAACGCCGUCCCGGCAACUGUGCUGGCAUCUGCGGCGAUGCCCAAGCUCGUUGCCACGGACGUCAUUGGCAUAUCGAUUUGGCUGGCUGGCUUUGCGUACGAGGUCUUGGCCGAUGUGCAGAAGAGCAGGUGGCAAAGGGAGAAGAAGCUCAAGCUGCAUGAUGAAGAGUUUAUGACGAGGGGGCUUUUCUCCAAGAGUCGGUUCCCCAACUACUUUGGGGAAAUAUCCCUUUGGGCCGGAAUUGCGACUGCCUCAGCUGGUGUCCUUGCCCGAUUGCCCAUCCAGCAAGCGUUGGGAUUGUCUGGAGGCCCCUUGGGUGUGAUGACGACUUCUGUCUUGUCGUUUGUUAGUCCUGCGUUUGCGGCCUUUUUGCUUGUCAAGGUAUCUGGCAUACCCCUCUCUGAGAGAAAGUAUGAUGAGCGAUAUGGAGAUAGGAAGGCCUAUCAGGAGUGGAAGAAGACUACGCCGAGGUUGGUUCCAAAGUUUUGGUGAAGACUAGGGAGUAUGUUUUUUUCUUUCUUCACUCUUUUCUCUUGUGUUAUAUCUUAUGGUUAAUGAAAUAAAAUAAUUUUA